CUCUAUAAAUGUAGGGAACCUAUUCGUUUCCUUCACACCGAGCCUGCCGAAGUACGAGGAACUGUGCGCCUACGCGGGAUGUGUUGACAAGACUACACUUCCCCCCCCCCUUCCCUUUGCUUAUUUGCGGCUGUAUUUACAGCACCGUUUCGUCUCUAAAAACCUUACCUGUCACCGGAGACGCGUUUGUAUCCAGCUCGUUGCCCGUGUCUCCGAGCCGUCGGUUUUCUAAGAUGAAGGCUGUUACUCCGGUCCACCCCCAGGACUCCUCCUCCGGCGGCAGCCCGCUCUCGCUGCACUAUCUGUCGAAGGAGAGCCUGAACAUCGCCCGGUGCAGGGUGGAGGAGGAGGACUUGUUCUGCCUGCAGUACGACAUGAACGACUGCUACAGCCGGCUGAAGCGCCUGGUGCCCACCAUCCCGCAAGAUAAGAAAGUCAGCAAAGUGGAGAUCCUCCAGCACGUCAUAGACUACAUCCUGGACCUGCAGCUGGCCCUGGAGACGCACCCGUCGCUCCACAAACAGCAGCCACAGCGGUCCGGCACCUGCCCGGCGCCGGCCUCCAACCCGAGCCGCACGCCGCUGACGCCGCUCAACGUCGAUCACCACCAGAGGACGUCAAUAGUCAAAAAGCCGGAGGACUCUAUUUUAUGCCGCUGAGAUACAAGUACCUCAACACUGGUGUGUAGGCCGCACAGAGCCAGUCCAAAGCCAGCAAAGCUUCGCCAGGGACUCCCAUCCAACUGGAGGCACCGAUCACGAGGGGAUUUGGAAAAAAGAAUACUAAUAAAACGCCGUGAGGAAUUUAAAACCCCUUCCCCCCCAAAAAAAGAAAUCACCAAUCAUUACAGCUUUUUUCCCUUUGGUUUGAUUGAACAUGGGAGUCAGUAUGUAGACUUCUCCUAGUCUCCUCCACGCGUCACUCAAAAUCGUCUCCAAUUAGAGCGCAAGCACGCCGUCCCCCCGCCGCGGGGACGUGUUGUCGUUGGAAACGGGCAACGGAAACCGUCCGUGAAUUGUGCUUAAAGAAUAACUAAAAAGGACUCCGGUCCAAAGCUUUACUAAACUGCUAAAAAUGAAAAGAAAAUGGUUGUACAUGUUUUUGGAUAUCUAUUGUUUCAAAUAGAUGAUUUGUGUUGAACAGGAGCUGUAAAAUGUUUGAUAUUGUACAGAAAAAGGAGUUCCGAUUCGAGAUGAUUAAGAAUGUACAUAUAUAAAGACACAAAUGCUCUAUUAAAGUAUGGGGAAGGAAGACGUAUAUGCUCAAAAUAGACUAUUGUAAUUAUAAGAUAUUUUUUAUUAAAACCUUCCUUUUUGUUUAUCGUUAUGUAAAUAUGGUGUUUUGACCUUUUGAGUCCCUUUGUGGAAGGUUAUGCUCUGCAGAUGAUGUCCUCACAUGAUGAUAUCAGUUAGAAUGACUUGCAGUGUGUUUAUUGUUUGUUCUGGAAUAGUUGAAUAUGUAGCAUGUCAGGCUCACUGCGGAGACGUUGAAUGUGUACUGAAGCAGCCCCCCCCCCCCCCCCCUCCCAGAGACCCGUGGUGGAAUUCAACGUUCUUUUGCCCCUGCUCUCCCUUUCUCGUCAAUUGUUUUGUACUCAUUAACUUUGACGACUUUGACCCGCUUGGUCGCUCUGCUGAAUUGUUUUUUUUUUUUUUGUAUCGAUUCUGUUACUUUGCACUGUUUGUAAAAAAAGAAGGGAAAAAAAAAGAAAUCUUAAGCGUGACGGCACUGCCGACACCUUUUUAAAACAACACCUCUGUUACUUUUUCUGUGCAGCUCCUCCUUGAGCAGUUAAUGACUGACGAGGGGGAAAUCAUUCAACUCUCCGCUUGUGAAUCGAUGAAAUAUGUGAACAUUAACAGACUCCUUCUGGAAAACCACCAGGCGUCGGCGUCUUUAGAAGUGAAGUGACGCCGCGAAAGAGAAAGAAGCCUUUGAUUUGUUAUUGUGACAUCGAACGCCGACUUUACCUCACCACCCUCCCGCCAGCGUGAGAGGGCCCUUGUACGUGUCCGUUGGACUGAACCUUCUCUGGCUUGUGGGGAGUUGUCGAAAACAAUUAAAGUUUCCAGGAAGA